GGACACUACGAUGACGAUGGAGGAAGACAAAGACCAGCCGCCCAGACACAAGCCUCUGGGCAUCCUGCUGAUCUUCUUCGCCUGGUUAACCUACGUCAUCAGGCUGGUGUUCGGCUGGCUCAACCUCUCGAGCGCGAUUCCUGGUCUGUUCGCCUUCCGGACCGGCGGCGGCAACAUGACGUUCCAGUUCCCGAACGAGAUCGUCCCCGCUCCCUGGGUCUUCAUCGGUGUCUGGCAGAUCAUCUACGCCUGGGGCAUCCUCUGGCUCAUCUACGUCACAAUCUGCAUCUGCCGCAAAAACUCCCGCGGAUAUUUCUACGUCACUCCCGAACUCUUCCCGACCUCCUUCUACGUCGCCUGGUGCCUCAACAACAUCCUCAUCAUCUUCUGGAUAUUCCUGGAUGAUGCGAAGGAACGUAUAGGGGCCUGCAUGCUUCUCGCUCUCAUCGCUCUCACCCUCUACUACCAACUGUAUGUCUCGUAUUGUAGAAUGGACCAGAACGGACUAUGGUUGACAGAAAACGCGCCCGUCGACCUGUGGCUCAUUCGCGCUCUGGUUCACAACGGGCUGGCCAUCUACGCUACCUGGGUCACCAUCGCUACUCUCCUGAGCUUCGGCGCGAUCCUUACCUACGACAGCGGCUACGACAAUGAAGAUACAUCCACUGGCAUGUUAACCUUACUGUCAAUCGUCAUUCUUGUGUGGUUCGUCCUGGAGAAUUUCACGGCGUUGGAGCGGUUCUGCCGCUACACGCUGGUGCCGUACGUGGUGGUGGUGGUCGCGCUGGCCGGGCUCGUCGACAAGUACAUCACGUUCACCGGCAGCCUGGAGCCGAGGAACGCCGUCUUCGCCUGCGUGUUGCUAGGCGUGGCCUCCUUGGUGCUAGUGGCACGCUUCUCAUUGGUCAUCUGGCGUCACGUGACGCAGCCCCUGUACGUCAACACUAUGAAGACGAUGUCCGUAAAGAAGUCCCAAGUUAACGGCGGGUUCUCUACAGAGCUUUAA